AUGGUACAGGAGCACAGCGCUGAAGUUGACACCAAACCACCAGACCCGAGUCAGCAUGCAGAUGCACGCCUGGAGGGAUUCUCCCAGUUUACAGUCGCUCAAAAGCGGGCUAUUGUUGCCAUGGGAUCCCUAGCUAGCUUCUUCUCCCCCCUGUCGUCGAGCAUCUAUCUGCCUGCUUUGACCACUAUCGCAAGUUCUCUGCACAUCUCCAUCUCCCAGGUGAACUUGACCGUCACUACAUAUCUGAUUAUGCAGGGCGUGGCACCCAUGCUGAUAGCAGGGUUCUCGGACACUGCGGGCCGCCGACCUGCCUAUAUCAUUUGCUUCGCAACCUACCUCGCCGCCAAUCUGGGAUUGGCUCUCCAAAACAGUUACGCCGCCCUACUCGUUCUCAGAUGUCUCCAGAGUGCUGGCAGUAGCACGACGGUGGCCCUGGCAAACGGUUUGGUUGGAGACAUGAUCACCUCUGCAGAGAGAGGCUCAUACAUCGCAUUCGCCUCAAUCGGAAGUAUGCUAGGUCCCUCUCUGUCACCAAUCAUUGGCGGUCUUUUCAGCGAGUAUACUGACUGGCACUGGAUAUUCUGGUUUCUCCUCAUCUUUGGCGGCGUUUUCUUCCUCAUUCUCGCUCUAUUCCUGCCGGAGACAUGUCGCAAAGUCGUCGGAGACGGCUCGAUCCCCCCACCUGCGUUGAAUAACUCCGUGGCAGAUAUCAUUCGGCAUCGCAGUCGAAAACAGAAGGGUCUUGUACCUGAUCCAGUCAAAGAGGCUGAAGUAAGAAGUAAUUACUCUCUCCGAUUUCCCUCGCCGGUUCCCACUAUGAAGGUCGUCCUGGAUCGCGAGACAUCGGCGGUCCUACUCACAACAGGGCUUCUUUUUGCUAGCUUUUACGCGGUCAUGACCGGUGCGUCAACUUCCUUUCACAAAAUCUAUCAUUUCAAUGAUCUCCAUGCUGCUUUGAUGUACCUUCCUAUCGGCGGAGGAGGGGUUCUCUCAGCCUUCACGACUGGUCGGCUAGUCGAUUGGAACUAUCGUCGUCAUGCAAAGCGUGCGGGUCUCAUAAUUGUCAAGAAUGUGCGUGCUGAUAUCAGCAACUUCAACAUCGAGCGCGCAAGACUUGAAGUUGCACUCCCGCUCUACUAUAUCAGCAAUUUAGCCAUCCUCGCCUAUGGAUGGGUUUUAGGUCACAAGGUCCACCUUUCUGCUCCUAUCAUUCUCUUAUUCAUCAUAGGGUGGUCUAUCAUCGGUACCUCGCAAGUUCUAAAUGCCCUGAUGGUCGAUCUGUGGCCAGGAAAGUCAGCGACAGCGACAGCAGCAAACAACUUAUUUCGCUGUGAACUCGGUGCGGCGGCUUCGGCAGCUAUCAGUCCCAUGAGAUCUGCUAUGGGUGAGGGUUGGGCAUACACCACGCUUGCUUUGAUCUCCAUUGCUGCUUCUCCUUGCCUAUGGAUUGUUGCGCAUUGUGGGAUCAAGUGGCGGCAGAAAAGGAAUCGAAAGGAGGAGGAGAAAUCAGCUCGUGCACAGGGCUAG